UCGAGUCCAGCCGCCCCGCGGCCCGCGCAUCCUCUGCCCGCUGCCCCCCCGGGAGCGCGCUCCCCGCGCUGUCUUAGCAGCCCCCGCCACGCCGGGACCCUUGGGUGCCGCUGCCGCUCGUGCCGGGUGCAGAGCCAACAUGCCCAUCACUCGAAUGCGCAUGAGACCCUGGUUAGAGAUGCAGAUUAAUUCCAAUCAAAUCCCAGGGCUGAUCUGGAUUAAUAAAGAGGAGAUGAUUUUCCAGAUUCCGUGGAAGCAUGCAGCCAAGCAUGGCUGGGAUAUCAAUAAGGAUGCCUGUCUGUUCCGGAGCUGGGCCAUUCACACAGGCCGAUACAAAGCUGGGGAAAAGGAGCCAGAUCCCAAGACAUGGAAGGCCAACUUUCGCUGUGCCAUGAACUCCUUGCCAGACAUUGAGGAGGUGAAGGAUCAGAGCAGAAAUAAGGGCAGCUCAGCGGUGAGAGUAUAUCGCAUGCUCCCACCUCUCACCAAGAACCAGAGGAAAGAGAGAAAGUCCAAGUCUAGCCGAGAUGCUAAGAACAAGGCCAAGAGGAAGUCAUGUGGGGACUCCAGCCCUGAUACCUUCUCUGAUGGACUCAGCAGCUCCACUCUGCCUGAUGACCACAGCAGCUACACAGCGCAGGGCUACAUAGGGCAGGACUUGGACCUGGAGCGGUCUCUCACACCAGCACUGUCACCGCGUGUCAGUAGCACUCUCCCUGAUUGGCACAUCUCAAUGGACAUUAUGCCUGACAGCACCAGUGACCUGUAUAAUUUCCAGGUGUCACCCAUGCCCUCCACCUCUGAAGCAGCAACAGAUGAGGAUGAGGAAGGGAAAAUACCUGAAGAUAUCAUGAAGAUCUUGGAACAAUCUGACUGGCAGCCAACAAAUGUGGAUGGGAAAGGGUACCUGCUUAAUGAACCCGGCAUCCAGCCCACCUCUGUCUAUGACUUCAGCUGCAAGGAGGAGCCUGAAGUCGACAGCCCAGCAGAUUUUGGAAUGAACAUACCACGUGUCUUCGCAGAUCUGAAGAACAUGGACUCCAACUGGUUGGAAAAUAUGUUGACUCCCGUCAGGCUGUCUUCCACCCAUGCCAUUCCUUGUGUGCCGUAGCUGGGCCUCUGGCCCCCUUUCACUCUGUAUGCAAACAGGACCUAGCAUCAUGGUGGCUGUGGUGCAGAGAAAUGGGACUCCUGUGGGCCCCUUAACAGGGCAAAAUGUGCUCUCACUGCCGAGUGAGGAUGGGGCCUCCCUCCUUGGGGCAGUGGCCUCUCAGGACUUGGCAGGCCAGAGCCUGGGCUCAUCUUGUGAAGGUAAAGCUGGUCCUGUCUCCCUGGAAGAUGGAGUUCUGAGGUUGAUGUGUUGGAUAGGCAUCUCAGACAAGAGCCAGCUACCAGCUUUUCUCUGAGGUCAGCCUCCGAAGAUGGUCUUAUUGUCACUGAGCUGGCCUGAGGGAAUGGGCCAGUGACCUCAGAUAGGCAUAACACCUGCCCUGGGGCUGGCUCAGCACUAACCGACAAUUGCACUAAGUGAAUUUUGUUCCCAAAGAAUCGCCUCCCUUCCCAGUUGAGCCCUGGGGACUAUUCCAAAGCCAGUGAAAUGUGAAGGAAAUAUGGGGUCCUACAGGACUGUGUUCCCUCAAAGGAGCCUGUCUUACUCCCUGCUCAGGCUGAGGAGCUUGGGAAAAAGAAAAAAGAACAAAAACACAACCAUGGCACUUUUUCUUGUGGACUUAGCACAUUUUUAAUCAAAGGUGUACACUAAUGUUUUCCCCCAAGCUCUUGGCCUUUGCAUUUAUUUAUACAGUGCCUUGCCCCCUCUCCCCUCCCAUCCACUGGCCCCCUCAGGCCCCAGAAGCCCUCAGCAGGCUCAGGGAGGGUAGUGUGAGCGCUUUGGUAUGGCUUUUAAAAUUGGAAACUCCAUCUCACCACGAAGUCAUACAUGACCACAUAUGUAUAUGUAUGUAAAUAUAUACAUUUUGUCUUUUUAUAAAAAGUUAAUUGUUUAUAA